AUGAAUGCUUAUGCUUCUCCUGAGAUGCGCUCGCGGAGAUAUGGUACGAGUCAGGAUAACUCCGCCUCCAAUGCGAGGCUGCAAAGAAUAUCGGCGGAUCAGCUAAGCAGUUCCCUGGCUGAACCGCCGCCCGAUGUAUUUCCACCUGCGACACAGACCAAAUCUGAGACGCUCCUUUCUGCCCUGCAAAACCUCAAGUCAAACGGGGGAGCAUUGUAUGGUGAAAAUGACGAUGAGUGGACUGAUUCGGAGCCAGAUGCUCUCCCCUCAAAUGCCUCUGAACCUAAAUCAAUGAAGGAGCGUUGCUUCUUAACCGAAUACCAUCAACGCGAGCUGCAGCAGCAGGGUCUGCUGGAAGGUAUGCAAGCCGACUCUUCUAUCAUGCGCAAGAUACCAGUUCCAACAGUCUCCGAUGAAGAAGAUGUUGAGGCGCCUAAAAACGUAUUCACCGAACAGCGUAUCCGUACGGCCAUGCAGAAAAAUUUGGACGAGACAGUAUUACCUCAUAAUGAGGCUGACUUGAAGGGCGAAGUUCCGGUGGCCGAUGCUGCUGCGACUGCUCUCGAACGGCUUGUCAAUCCUACCGAGGAUGAGGCGAAACCCGUGCGCCGUAAAAAAGUCAAAAAGAGUACUCCAAAAAACGAUGGUGAGCCGAAGAAGAAGAAAAAGAAAGAGCGUUCAGUGACCAAAGACGCGAAGAAGCCGAUCAAAAAGACUUCUCAAAAUGCUUCGAGAGAGGGCCAUGACCUUGAACCUAUUGCAGACCUUUUACAUGAGCCAGUAGCGGAUCCAGUGCCGGCGGUGUCGCAAGAGGAGCAGGUGUUGGAGCCGGACGUGACGACAUCGGUGACUUACUUUAGUGCAGAUGUGCCGAAGCCAACAAUGGGUGAGACUAACAGCCCUACAGUGACAGAAUCUCAGCCGGCUGAUAUUCCAUCGCGUACGCCACCCAAUGCUGUAGCUGAGCGUGCCCCCCCGAACGAUGCAAGUCAGAUGUUCGCUAUGGGGUACGCUGCGGCUAGGACCGAGCGCGGCAAGAUGCACCUUUUUAAUUACAAUGCUACGCGUCUUGCAGUGAGCACCUAUAUCUUGUACUGGGGUAUGUUUGCCACGCUCCGCAAACUGUGGCGCUGGGAGAAUCCAUGGGUCACUGGAUGCAUGGCGAUGCUCUACCUAGUGGUUUGGUGGCGUGGCGACUUGUUGGCUGUUUUUUUUCUAGCAGCAUGUUUGUAUGUGGCAACGUUCCGUAUAUGGCAGGUACCGGGCAGCGAGCAGGUUGGCGAGGCAUCACGCGCAACGAGUGCUCCGAGCUCUCUUACUCGACCAGGUACAGACUCGCAAUCCCUCUUGAUGCUAGCUCCGUCGCACGAAACGCUACAGCAAGUCGGUGAUCAGGUGCUUGUAGUGGCACAUGGAUUGGCAGAUGUGCAAGAGCGGGUCAAGAACCUGAUGAUGUGGCGCAACCCGAUCAUGACCAUGAGAUAUCUCGGCUGGCUUAUUCUGUUUGGUCUGCUGAGUGUGCAGGCUACGACGUGGAUGAUGAUGCGGCUGCCUGGCGCCUUGAUCUUUGUGCUGUUAUUCAUCCUGGCACCGAUGAUUGAGUACGGACACUGGCACCGCACUCUGGAACUUUUGUGUGGCAUUACGGGUGUGUCUGUGCCUGAUCCAGCUAUGCCAUACCCUGUGACGCGCACGCUGCUGGACAGCAUUCUAGUCGGUGUCCCGACCGAUGAAGAGUACUUGCACGAAAAAUUGGCCCAAACGCACUGGGAAGCCGAGCGUGAGCUGCGCCGACUGGGUCAAUGGAUUGACGCAAAUCGCAUUGUGGACGAGAAAGAUGACGAGUUGACAAACCGCCAUCCGUCGAGCUAUGCGGGCCGAUCCGAGUCGAGUAGCUUACCUCGCGAGCGGCAUCCGAGUACCAUGGCGCCUCGGCUAGAGAAGAGCGACCCAGAGCCGCUUAAUAACGUGAUACAUGACCGGGCCGAGCUGGAAAGCCUGUCAGACUAUGGAUCGCAGCUGGAGCUGACUGCGAAGAUCGACAAUGUGGAUGGCGAGUCAACAACCAUCAUGGCACAUGACAAUGUACAGCCUUAUGUCAUGGCCCAUACGCCAUGGAACACGCAGUUGGAGUCAGAACACGUCCCGCCGCCUCAGGCAGAGACGCCCACACAGCUCACAAGAGCGGAUGUCGGACUCGAUAUGACGGCGCCAGGUCCAGUAUCUGUGCAAGAGUCAAGCCGAGCGAGUCCCCAUCCCCUCACGGCUUCGUCUCCGCCCCCCAUGGGGCCGUCGCUUCCUGUCAUGUCUACAUCCGAUGCGCCAGUCGCUGCCCGAGUGGAAUCUCGUGCGGCAUCCAUACCCCUUCCUGUGCCCCCGUCUAUGCUGACCUCGCCGCCUCGUACCAGCGGCCCUCCCAUCUCGCGGCAUGCAUCGUAUUCGACUCUACGUGAGUCCGUGAUGUCGUCACCGUUCAUGCCAGGCCAGUCUGAGACGGUCCCCUCAUUCGAGCGUCAGCACAAGCACACGGCGCUCAUGUCCCCACCUGUUCCGACGCAAGCUAUGUACACUGUAUCGUCGCCCACGCCAUCGGGGCUGCGUGUGCCCCCGGCCAUGAGCUCGCCGCCGCAGCGUCCACACUCACUGACGGAUGGACUGUACUUGGCCGUAUUUCGCAAACGGCUGGGCCACAUGAUUGUUCUUCCGACGCGUGUCGUCUUUCUCAUGACGUACGGUCCGCAUCGGCGAACGACACCGCCGCCAGGCCUUUCGGUGGAGGAGGAAGAAGACUUGGUUCGCUCCGUCCAUGGUCGGCCCUUUUACCCGAUGCUAGCGCCUGAUGAGAUUGUUGCCAUGGUCGAGGACGAAAUGGCGGGCCGAGGCCAGACAGAGUUUACCAUUGCUGCUGUGCCUCUCGCGCGUAUACCGCAGCGAUAUGAUAUUCUAUUCGAGGUGCCGAUUGAGCGCAUUCGAGGCCUUAAAAAGCUGCGCAAGUCUACACCCGUGCUGGAAGAGUGUACGGAGGGACUCGAGAUGGUACUGGGUGAGCACGAGCGGGGUAUCGGUUUGCCAGCGGUCAUCGAUCGUGACUUGGCCUGUCAGCGCAUCCUGGCCUUGGGCCCGCAGCGCUGGGCUUGGUAG